GAUCUGUUAGUUCUCUUGCUCAUGCCACUGCCCCAUGGUUGCCUCAAUGGCAGGAUCAUGAAGUGUUUGACUUUUUUUCUUCUGCUUCCAGAGACCUUAAAGAAGUCCAAAAAGAGUGUGAGGUCAAACAGCAAGGUGCCAGGAUGCUAUGAGAUAGUGCCCCUGUCCCUGAAGAAGAAGAUGGCUGCAGAACUUUACCCUGCCAGCACCAACACUAACAUUGCAAACAGCAACGCCGCCGCCGCCACCGCUGCCAACAGCAAGAAGAACGCCCUGCAGCUCCAGCAGAGCGCCCAGCCGCCCCCGCCGCCCCAGCUCCAAAACCUCAACAACAACAACUUGGAGAGCGCCAACUGGCAAUCCUUCCAUCCCACGCUGCGGGAGAGGAACGCGCUGAUGUUCAAUAACGAACUCAUGGCUGACGUCCACUUCAUCGUGGGCCCGCCAGGGGCAUCCAAGAAAGUUCCUGCCCAUAAGUAUGUUUUGGCAGUUGGUAGCUCUGUCUUCUACGCUAUGUUUUAUGGCGAUCUCGCAGAGGUCAAAUCUGAAAUCCAUAUACCAGAUGUGGAACCUGCAGCCUUUCUAAUCCUAUUAAAAUACAUGUAUAGCGAUGAAAUAGACCUGGAAGCUGACACAGUUCUGGCUACCCUCUAUGCUGCCAAGAAGUACAUCGUGCCGGCCCUAGCAAAGGCUUGCGUCAAUUUUUUGGAGACCAGCUUAGAAGCGAAGAACGCUUGUGUCCUGCUGUCUCAGAGCAGGCUCUUCGAGGAGCCAGAGCUGACGCAGCGCUGCUGGGAAGUGAUUGAUGCUCAGGCAGAAAUGGCACUGAAGUCAGAGGGCUUCUGUGAGAUAGACCAACAAACACUAGAGAUCAUUGUAACCCGGGAAGCACUCAACACCAAGGAAGUGGUAGUUUUCGAGGCUGUUCUCAACUGGGCAGAGGCUGAAUGCAAAAGGCAAGGGCUGCCGGUUACGCCACGCAACAAGAGGAAUGUAUUAGGGAAAGCUUUGUACUUGGUGCGGAUUCCAACCAUGACUUUGGAAGAGUUUGCCAACGGAGCUGCCCAGUCCGACAUCCUCACCCUUGAGGAGACUCACAACAUAUUCCUAUGGUACACAGCUGCAAAUAAACCCAAAUUAGAGUUCCCCCUGACGAAGAGAAAAGGACUCGUGCCUCAGCGCUGCCAUCGGUUCCAGUCGUCUGCGUAUCGCAGCAAUCAGUGGAGGUACCGGGGCAGAUGUGACAGUAUUCAGUUUGCCGUAGACAAACGGAUAUUUAUAGCAGGACUGGGAUUGUAUGGGUCAAGCUGUGGCAAAGCUGAAUACAGCGUCAAAAUCGAACUGAAGCGCUUAGGUGUUGUCCUUGCUCAAAAUCUGACAAAGUUUACCUCUGACGGCUCCAGUAACACCUUCUCUGUGUGGUUUGAACACCCUGUGCAGGUUGAGCAAGACACGUUUUACAAUGUAAGUGCUAUUCUCGACGGUAACGAACUCAGUUACUUUGGACAAGAGGGAAUGACUGAAGUGCAGUGCGGGAAAGUGACAUUCCAGUUCCAGUGCUCCUCGGACAGUACUAAUGGAACCGGAGUACAAGGAGGACAAAUACCUGAGCUCAUUUUCUAUGCAUGAUGCAUUUCACCUUGAUUGUAUUCCAGUGCUGCAAUGAUGCACAUUAAGGGAUUUUUUUGGUUUUACUAUGAACUCUGCAGCAGUAUGGAAUGUUAUGCUACUUACCUAUCUGCUACAUCAGGCUAUACAAAUAAGUGAAGGAAUGCUCUUGAAUUUAAUCUUAUUUUAUUUAUUCAUAAGCUAUUUGACUUAAUUAUUAAGACUGCAACAUGCAGAAAAAUGUUAAAUUUUGCACGUACUGUGCAUUUAUUUUGUAUAUAGAUAACUAACUUGCAGACUGCAGCUGACUCAAACAGAAUGUUCUAAACUAGAGCAGUUUACGAAUCUGUGAAAUAUAAAACAUUUUUA